GUGGAAAGUGCCGCUGUGAAUGUUCCGCUGAGUGAAUGAUGGCGUGCCUGCUGGAGGCCCCUUUACGCAUCAGCGUGUUAUCUGAAGUCACAGCCACGAGUCGCCACUAUGUUGACCGGCUUUUUGACCCCGACCCACAGAACGUCCUGCAGGGAGUCAUUGACAUGAAAAAUGCUGUCAUCGGAAACAACAAACAGAAGGCCAACCUGAUCGUGCUGGGAGCCGUGCCAAGACUCCUGUAUCUCCUCCAGCAGAGCUCCUCCACUCUGGAGCUGAGGACUGAAUGUGCGGUUGUGUUGGGCAGUCUAUCCAUGGGCACAGAGAACAACAUCAAGUCCCUGGUGGACUGUCACAUCAUCCCAGCCCUGUUGCAAGGUCUCUUGUGUUCUGAUUUGAUCUUUAUUGAGGCAUGUCUGCGCUGUUUAAGAACCGUUUUCAUCAGCCCAGUCACACCAGUCCAGCUGCUCUACACAGAUCCCACCGUGAUCCCCCACCUCAUGUCUUUGUUGAGUCGGUCACAGCACACGCAGGAAUACAUCACGCAAAUCUUCGCCCACUGCUGCAAGACUCCUGAACAUCAGACGGUCUUGUUCAACCAUGGUGCCAUCCAGAACAUUGCUCCUCUGCUUAUCUCUCCAUCUUAUAAAGUACGGAUGCAGGCGUUGAAGUGUUUCUCAGUCUUGGCCUAUGAGAACGCUCAGGUCUCCAUGACACUGGUGAAUGUGCUUGUAGAUGGUGAACAGCUCUCUCAGGUUUUUGUUAGAAUGAUGCAAAGGGACAAACCCAUCGAAAUGCAGCUUACAGCCGCCAAAUGUUUAACGUACAUGUGUCGAGCAGGAGCCAUCAGGACAGAAGACAACUGCAUUGUACUAAAGACUCUGCCAUGCCUGGUCCGGAUGUGCAGUAAAGAGCGGUUACUGGAGGAGAGGGUGGAGGGUGCAGAGACGCUGGCCUACCUGAUGGAGCCAGAUAUUGAACUGCAGCGCAUUGCCAGCGUCACGGACCAUCUCGUGUCCAUGUUGGCUGACUACUUUAAAUACCCCAGCUCCGUCAGUGCCAUCACUGAUAUUAAAAGGUUGGAUCAUGACUUGAAACAUGCACAUGAGCUUCGACAGGCAGCCUUUAAACUCUAUGCUUCACUGGGGUCUAAUGAUGAGGACAUCAGGAAGAAGAUUACAGAGACGGAAAACAUGAUGGACAGAAUCGUUAGCGGCUUAUCAGAAUCUAGUAUCAUACGGUUAGCAGCAGUCAGAUGUCUGCACAGUUUAUCCCGAUCAGUACAACAGCUAAGAACGAGUUUCCAUGAUCAUGCGGUAUGGAAACCACUAAUGAAGUUAUUACAGAACGCACCAGAUGAGGUUCUGGUUAUGGCCUCUUCAACACUAUGCAACCUUCUGCUGGAAUUUUCACCCAGUAAAGAGCCUAUCUUAGAGUCUGGGGUCAUCGAGUUACUAUGCAGCCUCACGCAAAGCGACAGUCCAGCUCUUAGGGUUAACGGCAUCUGGGCUCUCAUGAACAUGGCAUUCCAGGCGGAUCAGAAGGUGAAGGUGGAGAUCGUUCGAGCUCUGGGCACGGAACAGCUCUUUCGACUCCUGUCUGAUCCUGACACCAAUGUGCUCAUGAAAACACUGGGGCUGCUCCGAAACCUGCUCUCCACCCGGCAGCAUAUAGACCAGAUCAUGAGCUCACAUGGGAAGCAGAUAAUGCAGGCGGUCACGCUUAUCCUGGAGGGAGAGCACAGCAUAGAGGUCAAAGAGCAGACAUUAUGUAUAUUAGCCAACAUUGCUGACGGAAACACUGCCAAGGAACUCAUCAUGACCAAUGACGACAUGCUCCAAAAAAUUAAAUAUUAUAUGGGUCACUCCAAUGUAAAACUGCAGCUGGCUGCCACCUUUUGCAUCUCUAAUCUCAUCUGGAAUGAGGAGGACGGCUCACAAGAGAGACAAGACAAGCUGAGGGAGAUGGGCUUUGUUGAUAUCCUACACAAACUUACCCAGGCAUCAGAUCCCAACCUCUGUGACAGGGCAAAAACAGCGAUGCAGCAGUAUUUGGCAUGACCUCGAAGGAAGGCGCGAUACAGCCUCACUAACAAUCUCUAGGAGGAGCACAUCUCCUGCGUUUGUGUUUUAGGUUUUGUUUUGCCCUUCCUUUUUUGUUUGGUUGCACAAGACACCUUUGGUUGUGGAGACCCCGAACAGCUUGGUAAAUCAGAGACGAGGUUGCCAGGGGGCCACAGCACCAUUUGGGCUUUCAGUUCCGUCAGCUUCUGUUUUCUCCUGGAACUAUUAUUUU